UCCUCGUGCAGUGCUCCUGCCCUUCUCUUCUCCCAAUAAAACUUAAGCCCAUUCACAUUCUCCUUCCCAUCAUCUGUCCCUCACUCACCAUGGCCAAGCUUCUCUCAUGCCUUCUCCUCCUCCUCCUCCUCCUCAUCUCUGUUUCUCUUAUUUCAUGCCAUGUUGACCAUGACAUGAACCAAAUGCUAGCCAAGCACACUCAAAAGGGCAAGCACUAUGGAGCUGGAAGCCUGAAGAGUUACCAGUGUCCAAGAGAAUGCACUCGGAGAUGCUCAAGGACUCAGUAUCACAAGCCAUGCAUGUUCUUUUGCCAGAAGUGUUGCAGGAAAUGCCUUUGUGUGCCACCAGGUUACUAUGGAAACAAACAGGUUUGUGGCUGUUAUAACAACUGGAAGACCAAGCGAGGAGGUCCAAAGUGCCCUUAAAUUAAAGGCUUGUUUAAAGUGCCCUUAAAGUGUUAGGACUUCAGUUGGAUGUUAAUGCUACCCUGGUCUUAUUAAAGCUUUGAGAGUUUGGGUUUUGUUUUGGUCUCUUGGUCAAGCUUAUGUUGUUAGUGGUUGCUCUGUUUUUCUAGUUUGUUUUUUGUGCACGUUUUUGAGAUGGAAGAUGUUUGUUGUGUGGGUUCAGUGGUUGGUUGGUUGUUUGGUUGGUUGUCUCUAAAUCGGAGAUUUAUAGUUUAUUAACUUUAUUUCAA